AUGCAGCUGCAGUUCCGGAGCUGGAUGCUGGCUGCGCUCACGCUGCUCGUGGUCUUCCUCAUCUUCGCAGACAUCUCGGAGAUCGAAGAAGAAAUAGGGAAUUCUGGAGGCAGAGGUACAAUCAGAUCAGCUGUGAACAGCUUACAUAGCAAAUCUAAUAGAGCUGAAGUUGUAAUAAAUGGCUCCUCAUCGCCGGCUGUCGUUGACAGAAGUAAUGAAGGCUUUAAGCGCAACAUCCAACCAGCCUCAGCCAAGUGGAGACACAACCAAACGCUCUCUCUGAGGAUCAGGAAGCAAAUCUUAAAGUUCUUGGAUGCUGAAAAGGACAUUUCUGUCCUCAAGGGGACCCUGAAACCCGGAGAUAUUAUUCAUUACAUCUUCGACCGAGACAGCACAAUGAACGUGUCCCAGAACCUCUAUGAGCUCCUCCCCAGAACCUCUCCGCUGAAGAACAAGCACUUCGGGACGUGUGCCAUCGUGGGCAACUCCGGGGUCUUGCUGAACAGCGGCUGCGGGCAGGAGAUUGACACACACAGCUUUGUCAUCAGAUGCAACCUGGCCCCGGUGCAGGAGUACGCCCGGGAUGUGGGGCUCAAGACAGACCUGGUGACCAUGAACCCCUCUGUCAUCCAGCGGGCCUUCGAGGACUUGGUCAACGCCACGUGGCGGGAGAAGCUGCUGCAGCGGCUGCACAGCCUCAACGGCAGCAUCCUGUGGAUCCCCGCCUUCAUGGCCAGGGGCGGCAAGGAGCGGGUCGAGUGGGUCAACGAGCUCAUCCUGAAGCACCGCGUCAACGUGCGUACUGCAUACCCCUCUCUGCGCCUGCUACACGCCGUCCGCGGAUACUGGCUGACUAACAAAGUUCACAUCAAAAGACCCACCACAGGCCUCUUGAUGUACACCCUGGCCACGCGUUUCUGCAACCAGAUCUACCUCUAUGGAUUCUGGCCCUUUCCACUAGAUCAGAACCAGAACCCUGUCAAGUACCACUAUUACGACAGCCUCAAGUACGGCUACACUUCCCAGGCCGGUCCCCAUACCAUGCCCUUGGAGUUCAAGGCCCUGAAGAGCCUGCACGAGCAGGGGGCUUUGAAACUGACUGUCGGCCAGUGCGACGGGGCCACGUAA